AUGAUGAUUGCUGCAAAUAAUGAUAACCGGGGAAGAAAUGGCCACGUGUUGGUAUGGGAGCAACCGGGUUUAGAUGAAACGGAUCGUCCGAAACAAACUAAAGCAUGGAUCGGAUCACGUCACAUAGUUACAUUCAUGUUGUUCCUGGGGAUGGCGAAUGCAUAUGUAAUGCGGACAAAUAUGUCAGUAGCAAUUGUCGCUAUGAAGCAAGGAUACUUACUUAGUUCAUUUUUCUGGGGCUACGUCAUCACCCAGAUACCAUUUGGAAUUUUAGCCAAGCGGUACGGAUCAAAAUACUUCCUUGGAGUCGGAAUGCUGAUAAAUUCAGUGUUUGCUUUUCUGGUACCAAUUUCCGCCCACUGGGGAUUCGGAUGGCUCCUGGUGAUCCGAUUUAUCCAAGGUCUCGGAGAGGGUCCAAUUGUGCCUUGUACGCACGCAAUGCUGGCAAAGUGGAUUCCGCCGAAUGAGAGGAGCCGGAUGGGAGCUUUCGUUUACGCUGGAGCCCAAUUUGGAUCAAUUGUUUCGAUGCCAUUGAGUGGCUUGUUGUCAGAAUAUGGAUUUGCCGGUGGAUGGCCCUCGAUAUUUUAUGUUUUUGGUGCUGUUGGAACUGUAUGGUGUAUUGUAUUUUUGAUUUGGGUUUACGAGGAUCCCGAACAGCAUCCUAAAAUUGCUGAAGAUGAGAAGAAAUAUAUAUUGAGUGCACUUUGGGGAACUGCUGGAUCUUCUUCUCCUCCAGUACCAUGGAAGUCAAUAUUAACAUCCUUACCAUUCUGGGCUAUAUUGAUAGCUCAUAUAAGUCAAAACUAUGGAUAUGAAACAUUUAUGACUCAACUUCCAACUUACAUGAAACAAAUCUUGCACUUUAAUAUAAAAACUAAUGGAUUCGUUUCUGCGCUUCCGUACUUAGCGAUGUGGCUGUUCUCAAUGUUCAUUUCGCAAGUAGCCGACUGGAUGAUCUCCUCAGGAAGAUUUACUCACACGUUAACGCGUAAAAUUAUCAAUGCAAUCGGACAAUACGGUCCAGCUAUAGCAUUUAUAAUCGCUUCUUACACCGGGUGCGACAGAACAUUAACAGUCGCAUUGUUCACUAUUGGUAUUGGAUUGAACGGUGGUAUUUACUCUGGAUUCAAAGUUAACCAUCUUGACAUAUCACCGAGGUUCGCUGGAAUUCUCAUGUCCUUUACUAAUUGUCUUGCUAAUCUUGCCGGGCUUCUUGCGCCGGUUAUUGCUGGGUACAUCAAUGCUGGAAUUCCAUCUCAAGCAAAGUGGCGGAUAGUUUUUAUAAUAUGUGGAGCGAUUUAUAUAAUCGGCGCAACAUUCUACAUAAUAUUCGGCUCUGGUCAAAGACAAUCGUGGGAUAAUCCCGACAAGGACGAAGAAGUAGAGAAGAAAAGAAGAAAACCCAAUGACGUGGAAGCUGCUAAAGUAAUCAAUGAAACUCAGCAUUGA